AUGGCGACCGGCGCGGGCGGACUAGGUGGGCGGCUCGGGGGCAGAUCGUUUGCCCGGCAGUUCGCGCAUUACCUCAUCCGCUAUGCGACCUGGAUCCCGCCGCUGAUCUGGUUCAACACGUACGUCGCCGAGGUGACCUUCAUCCGCGGGCCGUCCAUGUAUCCUUAUUUCAACCCGCAGUACAAUGAGAGUCUGAAGAAGGAUUUGUGCCUGGUUUGGAAGCUCUAUGCCCAGGAGGGGCUGGCGAGGGGAAUGGUUGUUACGUUUAGAAACCCCUACGACCCGAGGAAAAUCACCGUCAAGCGCAUCGUGGGCCUGGAGGGUGAUGUCGUCCGCACGAGGGCGCCGUACCCUUACGAGUUUGCCACCAUCCCCGAGGGGCAUGUCUGGGUUGAGGGUGACAAUGGUGAUCGCAGCCAGGACAGUAAUCAUUAUGGUCCUAUCUCGGUGCGAUUGAUCACGGGGAAGGUCACGCACGUCUUGUCGCCGUUAUCGAGAGCUGGACGGGUCAAGUGGUGGGAUCACCCCUUAAGGCCUGGGGUGCAUCGGAGGAGUUGA